CAUUCCACUUCAUUGGGUUAUUGAAUCGUUUUCUCUAGUGCACCAAAACAAACAUGGUUGCGCCUUUUGACGUUUCGCGCAGAAGCGUGUAGCUUUCGUUUCUUUGGAGGCGCAAGCCGGCGUUUUCCCGACUUGACUGACCGCAAGCACGCAACCUCAACGCUUCUGUUGUCAGUGGCCUGUUCGUGCUGCUUGCGGUCCAAUAUGCCGUUUAAAAAGAAAGUAGAAAACCUGUCCGGCGUGCGCUGUCAGAAGUGCCUGGAGCUGGGCCACUGGACGUAUCAGUGCACCGGGAAGCGCAAAUACGUGCACAGAGAUUCGAGGACUACACUUCUCAAGAACAACGUGAAGAAGCAACUCCUUGGGAGCACCAUGCAACUCAAGAAACCUGUACAGCCCGCCCGACGAAGUUCCGAGAAAUCCUCCAGUGCAUCAGAUGGGGAGUCUCACAGUGGAAAUGAGUCAGAUUCCAGCAGUACUUCAUCAAGCAGUGGCAGUUCAUCAAGCAGCAGCAGCUCAUCAGGCAGUGACAGCUCAUCGAGCAGUAGCAGUAGCAGCAGCAGCAGUAGCAACAGCAGCAGUAGUAGUAGUAGUAGUACGUCCUCCUCAUCUAGCUCUACCUCCAAAAAACCAUUACCAAAGCGAAGUAAAAACAAGUGACAAGCACCCACGUGAAA